AGGACCGUCCUCGUCCUACUCUCAUCCUUACAACACAAGUACCGUUCACAAUGGCGCCCUAUCUCGAAACAGUCAAAUCUUUUGCAGAUGUACCCGUAACUGACGCCGGCGUGGAUACGCUUGCUUUCCUAGAAGCAUCUCAAGGAUUGGUAGGGAUUUUUGAUCUUCUCGGAUCCAGUGCGUUUGCUGUCGUACAGACGGACCUUAGGGGGAACAUUGCAAAAGUCCGCGCUCGAUAUGAUGCGGCGCCCUCUCAGUCAGCGACCCUGGAACAGUUAGUCGAGAAUGAAAAGGGGGAGAAGAAGAGGACUGCUACCGAAGGAUUGAUGUGGUUGUUACGAGGUCUCUCGUUCACCUGCAAGGCUCUCCAGAACGCCCAACUCGAUAAGGACGAAGAGCUUUCGGUCGCAUUCUCCAAGUCUUACGAACUCACAUUGAAGAAGUUCCACAACUUCGUUGUUAAGGGUGUUUUCUCUCUUGCAAUGAAAGCAUGUCCCUAUCGUGCAGAUUUCUACAAGAAGCUUGCUGCGGACCCCAAAGGGGGGCCUUCGGCAUCGCAAGACGUCUUGAACGAGGAACUAGACAAAUGGCUCGCCGCGCUAAGCGAUAUCGUCACGAGAAUGGAAACUUUCUAUGAGCAGGGAGGUCAUGGCAAAGGAUUCUGAUAACGUGUCCUUUUCUCAUUCACAGCUCAUCUGAUGGUCAAUUGACCAGAUGGAGAGUACGAGUAUAGAUCUUGUAGCAGAUACUCGUGGUCUGUCAAUCAGUUCGAUGCAUUGUUCGGUUAUACGGGGA